AUGGAUUUUUACCAGGAGCAGCAUAGCUACACCCUUGCCCGUAAUGCCAAUAUCGACACGGACUCUGACGAGGAGACCAGUUGGGUUAUGCUGGACCAGGAGGGCGACGUUGUGAAACUCCCUGGUGAGAAGGUCUAUUAUAAGGUGCGCUCUCGCAUCGGCCUCGACAUCGGCACUCCAAAAUCGCUGCCGAAUACCACCCCGUUCUCAGCCAAGAGUGACAGUGGUAUUGUUUAUAUCACAAAUAACAGGGUCAUCUACCUGCCGGCCAGACCGACCGGGGCCUUCAAGUCCUUUUCUGCUCCGAUCCUGGACUUUGAAGACACUCGCGUCGUCUCCAGCUUCUUUGGCCCGUGGUCGUGGUGCGGAAUUGUGCGCCCUACUGUCGGCGGAGGUAUUCCGCACGACGUUCCGCGGCUGGAGUUUAAGCUCACCUUCAAGGAUGGCGGCCACGAUGCCUUCCAGAGCAAGUUUGAGGUGAUGAAGGAGCGUUUGGCCUAUGCCCGAACGCUGCAGCAGGAGACUGGGCAAAUCAUCCCCACCGGAGAGGACCUCCCCAAGUACGAGGCCACCCUGCCAACUGGAGGAGCAGGACGACCACCAGCGCCAGGCGCAGCUCCUGGACAUUCAGCGUCGUCAUCGACAGGGGUACCGGCAACGUCCGACUUGCAGCAGGCUGAAGAGCCGGCACCAGCACUGACAGCGGCUCCGGAUGCCGGCCAUGGAUUUUCCCAGGUCACGCCGGACGAGCCGCCUCCGGACUAUGAGGAGGCGCAAGCCCAGGCCCUCGGAAUGAGGCUCGAGGAGAAUUUACGGGAGGCGGCCGAGAGACAAUGA